GCAUCAAGUGUUAAUAUAAAUCGAGUGUGACCCAAUGAACUCUACUUACCGCCGAUUAAUCUUUUAAACAAAAAAACAAUGGAGUCACUGAUGCACGUCGGAUUCAGGGUUAGGGUUAUAAACCCUAAUUCCAGAUUCAAAUCCUUCAAGUCUCCAUCGAUCCCAAUGGACGCCCGCAGAAACACUGUUACCUGUAUUCGAUCUCAACAGUCCGGGACAAAGGAUGGGCCUUUGAUUGCAACUGCAACUAGUGAUUCAUUAGUUGAAGAAUUGAAAAGUAAAGAUUGGGAAAUUGGGGUUUUGAAAGAUGAAAUAGCUGCAACUCAGGGUAUUCGGAUAAGAAGAAGGCCACCAACGGGACCUCCUUUGCAUUAUGUUGGUCCGUUCGAGUUUCGGUUGCAGAACGAAGGGAAUACUCCUCGGAAUAUACUAGAGGAGAUUGUAUGGAACAAAGAUACAGAGGUUACACAGAUGAAAGAGAUAAAACCAAUAUAUACACUAAAGAAGGCUCUCGAAAAUGCUCCACCUUCUCGAGACUUUUUAGGAGCUCUUAAGGCAUCGUAUUUACGAACAGGAUUGCCCGCUUUAAUUGCGGAAGUGAAAAAGGCUUCGCCAAGUAGAGGUGUUAUAAGGGAAGAUUUCAAUCCUGUUGAAGUCGCACAAGCUUAUGAGAAAGGUGGAGCAGCAUGCCUUAGUGUUUUGACUGAUUCAAAAUAUUUUCAGGGGAGCUUUGAGAAUCUUGAGGCUAUACAUAGUGCUGGAGUCAAGUGCCCUCUUUUGUGCAAAGAGUUUAUUGUGGAUGCAUGGCAGCUUUAUUAUGCGAGAACAAAGGGUGCAGAUGGUGUUUUGUUAAUUGCAGCCGUUUUACCGGAUCUUGACAUAAAAUACAUGCUUAAGAUUUGCAAAAUGAUUGGUCUCACUGCACUCGUCGAGGUACAUGACGAGAACGAAAUGGAUCGGAUGCUGGCAAUUGAUGGAAUUGAACUCAUUGGCAUCAAUAACCGCAACCUCGAAACAUUUGAAGUCGAUACUAGCAACACAAAGAGGUUGCUUGAAGGAAAACGUGGGGAAACAAUCCGACAAAAGGACAUAUUAGUGGUCGGGGAGUCUGGACUGUUCACUCCUGCUGACAUUGCGUACGUGCAAGAAGCUGGUGUGAAAGCCGUGUUGGUCGGGGAGUCGAUUGUGAAGCAGAAAGAUCCAACACAAGGGAUUAGAGGACUUUUUGGUAAAGAUAUAGCGGGUUAGGUAUUAUUGUAAACCAGAUAUGUAGUAUCUAUCAUGUUUGUUGUUUAAACAGAACAUGUAAUGAACCUCAUCUUUGUUUCACUUCUUAUUAAACUUAUUGUAACAUGAGAGUUGGUUUGCUUUGGUUCCAACACCAUGAAUUUUGACCCUUUUGUAUGCGGUUUACUUUCAA